GGAGACUCAAAGGGCUCAUUAGUUGGACUUGGAAGCAUUUGUUCUCUUCGAGAUAGAAAAUCGUCGUCGGCAUGGCACCCGGCGACCGGUUCUCUCCGAUCGAUGCUCAUUAUCUCUGGCUAGCCAGCGAAACUGGCGAUUACUCACCACCGUUCAGUGAGUGCCCCUUUGCUGGUGUACAUCGCGGCAAAUAUACUCAAACUUGCUCAGCUCAGACAGAGGCGAAAUUCCCUACUCGCAGUAGAGUUCUCCAAACUCCUCCCGCUCAAGAAAACCCUGGAGUCAUGCUGUGAGUUCCAUAAUUCAGGAGUCAGGAGGUCUUCCUUCAAGCUUUUCCAUUCAUGCCUGAGAAAUAUAAGCUUCUUCUAUCCAUGAUUCCCUUCUACCUAAUCACUCUCUCUUUGUUCCUUUUGAUAUUUUCUUCUCUACCCAUUCACCAGUUUAGUGAGUUCUCGGUGCUACCUCCUCUGACCUCACAGACACAAUUCCCUAAUUUUGGCCCUAGCAGUGAAGGAACUAUCUGUCCGCCUUCUGGGGCCUUGACUUGUGACGAAAACCAAGCUGUUCUGAAGGUAUAUAUGUAUGAUUUGCCUCCUGAAUUUCACUUUGGAAUGCUGGAAUGGAAGGGAAAUGGCAAUGAAAUAUGGCCUAGUGUUAAUGACCCUAGGCACAUCCCGCCUUAUCUUGGUGGCCUGUUCUUGCAGCAUGGUAUGGAGUAUUGGUUGACACUUGAUCUUCUAGCCUCUAAUGUGCCAAGUGUUGUCAGAGCUUGCAGUGCAGUUAGGGUGGAGAACUCUAGUGAUGCAGACAUAAUCUUUGUGCCGUUUUUCUCAUCUCUCAGUUACAAUCUGUAUCCCAGGCCUUUGGGAAAAGCGAAACUUGCACUCGACCAAAUUCUGCAGGAGAAAUUGGUGCAGUAUUUGUUGGGCCAGGAUCUAUGGAAGCAGCAUGGAGGAAAGGAUCAUUUGAUUGUGGCGCACCAUCCAAAUAGCAUGGCAUACUCUAGGAAAAAGUUGGCCUCUGCCAUGUUUGUGCUUGCAGAUUUCGGGAGGUAUCGGGCUAAAGUUGCAAACGUUGAAAAGGAUAUAAUAGCUCCUUACAAACAUGUUGUUAGGAGCAUUCCAAAUGGUCAGUCAGCUCAGUUUGAUCAGCGUUCUAUACUAGCUUAUUUCAAAGGGACUAUCUACAGAAAGGAUGGAGGAGCUAUUCGCCAGGAACUGUAUAACCUUCUAAAAGAUGAGGAAGAUGUGCACUUUACAUUUGGAUCCUACGGGAAGGUUGGCAUCAACAAGGCAAAUGCAGGGAUGGCGAUAUCAAAAUUCUGCCUACAUAUUGCUGGGGAUACACCUGCUUCCAAUCGCCUGUUUGAUGUGAUUGCCACUCGUUGUGUUCCUGUGAUAAUAAGUGACGAGAUAGAGCUGCCAUUUGAAGAUGUGCUUGACUACUCAGAGUUCUGUGUGUUUGUUCAUGCAUCUGAUGCUGUCAAACCGGGGUACUUACUUAAUCUUCUCCGUGGGAUUGAGGGAGAUGAGUGGACCAAGAUGUGGGUUAGGUUACAAGAAAUUGCCCCCCACUUUGAAUACCACUACCCUUCAUGGCCUGAUGAUGCUGUGGAUAUGGUCUGGAAGGCUGUAUCGAGAAAGGUGCCUGCGCUUCGUCUGCAAUUUAACAGGAAGAAUAGAUACUCCAGGGCUCAAACAACAAGCUCACUGAGCACAACUGUCAGCAGCUGCAGCUUCAAGCCGUCACGUCACUUCCUUGCUGGCAUUGAGGAGGAGAAAUGAGAAAGAACAAAGAAAAGAGUAUUUGGUGCUCUUCCCUGGUUCAGAAAACCAGGCUACUGCCUGUUGUGAAUGGGAUCUGAUCCUUUCUUAACCGUUCUUUUGUUGGACUGAUUAGGAUCAAACAUCACUGAAGGUCCAGGCGCCAAGCUCGACGAUGUGCCCUGCAACUCAUCUACAGCCACUCCCUUCAGGAAGCGCGAAUUUUGGUGCCCAGGAUGCCGCCAUCUCAGAGCAAGAUCAAUGCUUGUCAGGCCAUACGCCGUCUCAGGCUGAAGAGCUAAAUUCCCAAUGCACAACAGAAGAAGAAUCACUCUGUGCCCCAAUAUACCCAUGAAGCAAUGAUUAUGAGGAUGUUGAUAAAAGAACAGAAUGGAGGAGUAGUUUAGGCUGAGAACUGAGAAUUGGCUGCUGCUAUUCUAAUGCAACUCUGCUGCUGAUCUGUUUAUAUAUAGUGCAGGAAUAAGCUUGAGUUAUAGCUUUUCUCAAAGUGGAUCCAUAAAGCCACAAGGGUUGUGGCCCCAGGAAACAUGUGGGGAAGGCCAUUAGAUUCACUUGCAAUCAUGAGCAUGUCCCCAUUGGAAUAACUAACAAUAUGUUUUUGUUUAGGAAGGAAGACUCAUCCUGACAGGUUUGAACAAAAAAGGUAAGAGUUGGAACAAUUUCCUUGGGAAGACAAGCAUCUCUUUUUGUUGUUCUUCUCACAUCUCAGUUUCCCCACAUUUCCCUAUCAUUACCG